UGUUUAUAAAAUAAAUAAUAACAAUUUUAAUUUUUUUUUUUUGAAGUUGGUUUCACACUUCACUGUGUCAUGAGUUAUUUGUUAACUUUUAAAUAACUUGUUACCAACUUUUUUCACUGAUGUCUUAAUACUAAACAUAACCUUGACACUAUGUAAUGUGGGACCAGCUGAAAUGUUUAAUAUGUCUAAUUUUAUGAAAAUAUGAAUGUAUAUUUUAUAGGUAAAAAAUAUAGUUGUUUACGAUGUGAAAAUAAAUACAAAUACAAGAGAGAAUUAAUUCAGCAUCAAAGUAAUAUGUGUGGUGUUCCUCCUAAAUUUUAUUGUAGUAAAUGUCAAAAGUUUUUCAAACAAUCUACUAAUUAUAAGCUUCACAUGAUGAAAAUACAUUCUAUGAAAAUAAUGUAUAAUGGAGAAUUUGGAUACAAAUGUCAUAAUCAAAGCUGUGGUCGUAUUUACAAGACAAAACCAGGCAUUCACAAUCACCUAAAGUAUGAAUGUGGUGUCUCACCAAAAUUCUAUUGUAAAUUCUGCAAACGAUUCUUUAAACAACCAGUAUCAUAUAAGGCACAUAUGUUAAAUAUUCACAAACAAUUAAUUAAUUUUAAAUGAGAAUUUAUCAAU